CCCGCGCUCCAGCCCCCGGAGGCGGACGACCUGCCCGACGCCGUCGUCAGCCGCGACAACUGCCCCGCGCUCGUCGUCGCCGACGCGGACGUCGACACCUCGGAGCAGUUCCGCAAGUUCGAGUUCCAGCCGUACUGGAUGAAGAGCCGCGAGUACUGGGACGCCAACUUCGAGUCACGCUACAAGGACAGGAAGGAGAAGUGGACCGACAUGCCGCUCAAGGUGGUGAUCGUGCCGCACUCGCACAACGACCCGGGCUGGCUGAAGACCUUCGAGAGCUACUACCACUACCAGACGCGCAACAUCCUCAACAACAUGGCCGACAAGCUGCCCGCGCUGCGCAACAUGACCUUCAUGUGGACCGAGAUCGCCUUCUUCGCGCAGUGGUGGGAGACGGCUCACCCGACGAAGCGGCGAGUGGUGCGCCGGCUGCUGGAGGAGGGCCGGCUGGAGAUGACGACGGCGGGCUGGGUGAUGACCGACGAGGCCACCUCCCACCUGUACGCCAUGCUGGACCAGCUCAUCGAGGGGCACCAGUGGCUGAAGAACAACCUAGGCGUGGAGCCGCGCUCCGGCUGGUCGGUGGACCCGUUCGGGCACGGCUCGACCGUCCCCUACCUGCUGAAGGCGGCCGGGCUGGGCGGCGCCGUCAUCCAGCGCAUCCACUACGCCUGGAAGCAGUGGCUGGCCGAGCGCCAGAUGGGCGACUUCCUCUGGCGCCAGAACUGGGACCGCGACGGCAGCGCCGACCUGCUCGUGCACAACCAGCCCUUCGACAUCUACUCCAUCAAGCACUCCUGCGGCCCGCACCCGCAGGUGUGCCUCAACUUCGACUUCCGCAAGAUCCCGGGCGAGUACACGGAGUACUCGGUGCGGGCGGUGCCGAUCGACCGGUCGAACGUGCGCCAGAAGGCGGAGCUGCUGCUGGAGCAGUACGGCCGCACGGCGUCGCUGUCGCCCGCCAACCUGGCGCUCAUCCCGCUGGGCGACGACUUCCGCUACGACCGCGACGUCGAGUGGCAGCAGCAGUACGCCGGCUACUCGCAGCUCAUCGCCUACAUCAACGCGCACCGCGACCGCUACCACGCCGAGGUGAACUUCGGCACGGUGUCGGACUACUUCGACGCGCUGCGCGAGCGCUCGUCCAAGCUGCGCGCGGCCAACAGCAGCGCCGGCUUCCCGCGCAUCCGCGGCGACUUCUUCGUCUACAGCGACAUCUUCAGCGAGGGCCGGCCCGCCUACUGGUCGGGCUACUUCACCACGCGGCCCUACUGGAAGCUGCUGGACAGGGAGCUGGAGGCCGCGCUGCGCUCCGCCGAGAUUCUCUACGCCGUCGCGCUCGCCGCCGCCCGCAGGCCGCCCACCUCGUCGGCGCCGUCCAACUCGUCGGUGAUGCGCCGGCUGCUGGAGCGUGACUUUGAGCGGCUGGUUCGGGCCCGCCGCUCGCUGGCGCUCUUCCAGCACCACGACGCCAUCGCCGGCACCAGCAAGGCCUUCGUCAUGCACGACUACGCGCUCAAGCUGUUCGAGGCCAUCCAGGACGCCACGCAGGUGACCGCCAGGGCGGCGCUGUCGCUGCUGGGAGGCGACGGAGGCGGAGGCAGCGGUGGGGCGUCCAUCGGUGGCGGCGCGGGGGCGGCGGCGGUUGGGGGCGGCGCGGGUGCGGCCAAGCUGUCGCUGCUGCCCGACACGGACCGCGAGUCCUAUGAGAAGCUGCCGCGCAAGGUGCCGCUGGUGGUGCCGCGCAACGAGCCGCGCCGGCUGGUGCUGUGGAACUCGCUGGCGCAGCAGCGGCAGGAGGUGGUGGCGGUGCGCGUGACGACGGCCAGCGUGCGCGUGCUCGACCCGGACGGGCGCGCCAUCCCGCACCAGCUGAACCCCGUCUGGAACCUCACCGACGCCGCCACCGCCGCCCCCAACCCGGCCGCCGGCGGCCAGGACCGCCAGGACGCCAGGUACUCGGGCGGCGUGGGCGGCGAGUCGUCGCCGGGCCCCUACCUGCAGAUGUCGGGCGAGGAGUUCGAGCUGCUGUUCGUGGCGGACCUGGCGCCGCUGUCGCUGGCCGUGUACACGGUGGAGCGCGCCGAGGCGCCGCCGCCGGGCUCGCGCGCCGUCGUCUACUGCGCGCGCUGCCGGCCACCGCCCGCCCCCGCCGCCCCCGCCGGCCAGGAGGCGCAGCCGGCGCCGUUCGAGGUGCGGCCCGUGCAGGCGGGCGACGUCCAGCUCGAGAACCACCGCCUCAAGCUGCUGCUCGACGGCCGCACCGGCCUGCUCAGGGCCAUCACCCGCAAGGCGACGGGCCGUGUGACGCAGUGCGGCCUGCUGUUCGCAGCUUACCCGUCGGCGCAGUUCCACAGCGGCGCCUACCUCUUCAUGCCGGACCCCAACUCCAGGGAGCCCGAGAGGGAGAUCCUGGGUCAGGGGGAGGAGGGCGAGAACGGGCCGCCGCUGAUCGUGAUCACGUCGGGGCCCAUCGCCUCGGAGCUGCGCACCGUCUCGCGGCCGCCCUCGCUCAUCGACCACACGGCUCGCAUCUACCACGCCGCGGGACCGCUCGCCGAGGGUGUGAGCCUGGAUGUGGUGGUGGACCUGGGAGCGCCCCCUAGAAACCGGGAGACGGAGCUCUUCAUGCGGCUCGUCACCGACAUCAGCAACGGGGACCCCCCAGAGUUCUACUCUGACCUCAACGGCUUCAGCAUGCAGCGGCGUGUCAAGGUGGAGCGCGUGGGCAUCGAGGGCAACUACUUCCCGGCCACGACGGCGGCGCUGGUGCAGGACUCGGGGCGGCGGCUGACGCUGCUGGUGAACCGGGCCCAGGGCGCGGCCGGCUGGCAGCCCGGCUGGCUGGAGGUGAUGCUGGACCGGCGCACGCUGUACGACGACUCGCGCGGCAUGGGCGAGGGCGUCGUCGACAACAAGCGCACCGCCUCGCGCUACUGGCUGCUGCUCGAGGAGCUCGACCCGGCCGCCGCGCCAGGCCAGGUGACGCGGCUGAGCCUGGCGGCGCACCACCUGUCGAACGCGCUGCUGUACCCGCCGUCGCUGCUGGUGGCGGAGGGCCCGGCGCGCCAGCCGCGGCCGCAGCGCCGCCGCCUGCUGCUGGACCGGCCGCCGCCCUGCGACGUCCACCUGCUCACGCUGCGCCAGGCGCCCGCCCACGACGACCCCGCCUUCCCCUCCACCUCGGCGCUCAUGGUGCUCCACCGGCAGGGCUACGACUGUGCCGUGACGGGAUCUACGGUCCCGCGCUGCGGUCCUCUAGAUGCCACAUCAGACAAGGCCUUCCGGCCGGGAACCACUUUCCGCCCCGAGACCCCGGUGUCCAGGGUGUCGCGGGUUUCACUGACCGGACUCCGGGAACUGCCGGGCCCCCUCCCCGACGCCGCCGACCUGGGAGCGGGGGCGGGUGCACCCCGCGUCCGGCCGAUGGAGCUGGCCGCACUCAACGUCACCUUCGCCGUCGUCUGACGGGGGGGCCGGAGACGGCUACGGCGGUGGGCGGCGUAAUGUGUCCGGGCUGCCGACGCCCCCGCCGGACACCGCAUUCGCCGGACUGCUGCGGCGACGACAUCCGGGCGAGGCCCUCGUGGGUGACCUCCCAUCCACUUCUACGACAGGUGUUGACGGGACGUUCGUACAGUAACGUGAGGAAUACUCUCAGGCGUGAUGCAAACACUCAGGUCAGAUCACUGCACCAAUAUUCCACUGUCGGGUAUUUUAUUGUGAGAUGUGCAGCAUUACACCGUCUCACUGGGAAGUUGGGCGGGGCACCCUAUCCGUACUCCAGUAUCUCUGGAGCUAAAUGAGGCAGAAGACAAAUACGAGUGCUGUGUAGCCCCAACGUAUUGUAGGCACAAUAACCAAAGUGUUAUCUACCGUGUGGACCUACAUCAGCUAGGGAGACACUGUGACCUUCCCUCUACCAUUUCGAACCUACGUCACUCAGGCUAAAAGAGACGGAAGCUCAAUAGAAGACGGGCAGCGGUGCCAUGCAGCCCAAAUUGUGCUAGGAACAAUAGUCAAUCUUGGCAGUAGUAGAUAGCUCUCAGGUGUGGUGCAAACACUCAGGUCAGGUCAUUUCUGUGCACCAGUAUUUUACUGCAUUGGACAGGAUUCCUCACCCAUAUUCCAAGUACCAUAGUGGCUAAAGGAGACAGAGGGAAACGUCUGUGCUAUGCGGUCACAGCUUAUAUGGGCAACAGUCCACUUCUCCUGUACCAUUUGGACCUACCGCACGUAUGCAGAUUGUGCUGUGUCUUAGAGAGACAGUAACCUUCCCCACAAAAUUUGGAACCUCAGUUGGGCAGCACGGAAUGCCCUCAUUACAAUCAUCUCACUGGCCAAAUGAAAUGGGAGCUCAGCUAAUGAUAAAUGUAAGUGCUGUCAAGUCCAACUAAUGCUAGGAGUCACUUUCAGCUUGCCCCCAUCCAAACAUACAUUAAUCAGAAAGACACUCCACCUUUGCUGUACCAUUCGGGAUAAGUCUUGUUGAUGAACUGUCAUACAGUCAAGUGCUAGAAUUGUUAAUCUGUGUUCCUGCAUAAUGUGUGCAGGUACCAGAGAAUGCUGAAACUUGUGCGAUGAUCACUGGUGUAAGAGGAUAAAUGUGCAAAAUUUCACUUUCAUCUGCUGUAACUUGCUCCCAAACCAGUGUAAAUAUUUUUAUUACUGCCAGAGUGUAAUCAGGGUAACUAAAAUGGAAAAUUGGUUUUCUUUUGUCAUGAUAUAGUUCUCCACUGAUGGUGGUGCCUUCACUUGACAGAUUAGAUUUUGCAAGCUGUAUUGACUGCACUGACCAGUGACAUUAAGUCUUUUGUAAGGAUCCCCUGAUGUAUGCAAAAGUAUUAGAUGGUAUAACACCGGUGCAGAAGAAAUGUAUCGACAUCUACAUUACUGCAUGUGACUGGUCUACAUGGGUGUAAUUUCCAUAAAUGUGUUUUGUUGGGUCUAUUAUCCUCCUGAUUAUGAUGAAAGUUUAGACUUGCAGAAAUGAGAUUCUGAACUCAGGAGUCCCUACACUUUUCUUCAUGUUAUGUGUGUCCUGAGGAUGUGAGUGAUCAGUUAUUUCCAGCAGCAAAAUUCUGUUCAGAGUAAUAGUGAGUGACCUGUUUGGCAUUUUAAACUUUUGUACAGCUUAAGAAAACAAGUGCAAUACGGUAGCAACAUUUGACUCAUCUUCCUGAACGAAUUUGCUUACAGUUCUGGGGUUGUUGUUCACCCUCAUGGAAUCUACAUUUUGGUCAGCUGGGCUUUGGCACGAUACUUCACAAAGAAAGUAAUGUAUGUUGUUCCACCAUUUAACACAUCUUCAGUGAAGUAUGGGGAUGAAUUCCUCAGAAGAAUAAUGUCCCCUAAUCGAUUGGGAGAAAGGAGGUGUUUGGGUAUUUGAAAACUGAAUGGUGCUUGCCUCAUUCAGCAAGGAGGGCUUGAGUACAUAAAAUUGAAUGACACAUAGCUGACAUGGGGGAAAGGACAGCUUGGGUGCAUAAAACUGGAAGGUACAUAACUGUAGUGAAGGAGUUGUCCAUUGUAUAAAAUGGGAUGGGACAUUGGUGUCCAAGUGGAAUUCUAUGUUGUUUUCUGUGUGACUGAUAGUUAUUGGCAUUUUCUGAGGGUACUUCAUGCUUUCAUUGACUUACACAACACAUCAUUCAUUCACCUGGCAAAGGGUGUCAAAUUAUAGGGCAUAUUGCUGUUACGUUAAUAUUAAGAAAUUGUGAAACACGUUUAAUGUGUGUUACUCAAAACAUGCAAUGUACUGUGGUUGCUGUCCAUUGGCACAAUAGGGGUGUCAACAUCCAGUCACAUACAUGGCUGCAUCAUCAGGUAACAAAGUGUGGAUUCCAUUGGGCUAUGCUAAAUUGUGGAACGAAGUAGUUCAGUAUUACUGGUGACAGCAUUGCCUUCCAGUCGAAAGGAGGACUUAAUAUAUGGCUCUGUCUUCAGUGGCAGUUGUAUCAUUGAUCCCCAUCCAUUGCAUGGCCGCCUGAGUACACUAUCUCUUUCCUGUACAAUUUGAGAAACAAAUCAUCACCUGUAUUUAAAAAUUAAAAUUUUUGUUGCUCGCAAAAAGGUAUCGAACAACAGUCGCUACACGAGCUCUACAUCCCUUGUUUCCUUUGGCCACAUACUGCCUAACACUUAUUUCACUGACUGCCUCAGAAAUUCUUCUAUGCACUCUGUCAUGCAUAUCCUCGACUGCUGACACAAACUUUAUUACACAUAUACUUUAUAUAUUACCCACAGGUAGAUUAAAUUCUGUGACACUCUAGACCCACAGAAAGCGUAAGAGGUAAAUGUUUACACACACAGAUGCCUUAUUAGAUGACACCUACCUCUCAUUUCCCGGCAAACUCCUCGCUCUCCAUUCGGACACACACAAUAUUUCCAGUUUUGUGCCAGGAAUUUGCAGUGCAGACAUUCAACCAUUUCACUUCGUGCUAAAGGGUGGAAUAUUAUUGUAACAUUGUUGUACAGCGUUCUCCUUGCCUGUAAAAGCAGUUUAUGGUCUGCUCAGUGUUGUUUUGUUCUUUUCAUAUCUUGCCAUGCACUGUGAAUCCAACUCAGUGCACACUUAAAAUAGAGCUGUUAUUCAAAGUAGGUUUUUGACUGCAGUGUCUCAGAAAGUGGAAAUGGUGUGCAUUGCCAAGAGGUAGAGGUUCUGCAUUCACCUGCAUUUUUAAACUCAAUAUUCUUUUUUUUAUCAGUGAAAAUUGUUGACAUGGAAGUUGUAUACAUAACGUAGUAGGGCCAAAUGAGGAUAGGGUUUACGAGUCUCAUGGGUCACAUUUCAUAAGUCUGUAUUUGUAUGUACAAAGAGCAAUGCAAAAUACCAAAAAUUUAAAUGAGAAGUAGACUUGCAAGACACUCUGUAAUGGUAACGGAUGUGUUUUAUUAACAGUACAUUCCCUCUUCAUCCCCCCCCCCUUAUUUCUUCUUUCCUCCCUUAUUUCUAUUAGCUGUACUGGGUCAAAUUUAAUGAUGGGCAAAGAUAGUGAGUCAGUGCAGUUAGGCAGUGAACCAAUGUGGAUGACACAAUUUAUAAUGUAAAUGAGAGAAUGACAGUUAUAUGACUUGCUAUGCCCUGCUUCUACUUUUCCUUGUCUUCUGGUUUGCCAUUUUUGUUAUUUUUUCUUUUUUACCAGAAAGAAACAAAUGUGAAAGUAAAUAAACAUUUUUUCAGUGGAGAUUCCAAGAACAGCAACUAAAAAGUGCUGAAAUAAAAGUGUUAAUUUGUAGGUAAAAUGUGAAUGAGAAGAAAAUAAUGUAGAAUGUACUUGCCAUCAAAGAGCUUCUGUCGUGUACGAGUCCUGAACCACAGUGCAUUUGGUGUGGGAAUUGACCUGAUGUGGAGUUACAAACCUUGCGUGGGAGUGCAUUUCCUGAUUGUUUUUUUUUUUUAAAUAUCAAAUGUGGUGCCCUGAAAGUGAACAGUUUGAAAUGUGUACGUGCGUGUUUAUGUAUGUGUCUGUAUGUGGUGGGAUCACUGUCUGGGUGUAUAUAGAAUGGAAGUCUUGUUAAAAGUCAAUAUUUUUUACAAUGAUAUUACUACAACUAUUGGUGCAGAGAGAGAUAGAAGAAAGGAACGGAGGACUGAGUGAGUGAAUGAAGUAGAGAAAGGCAAAUAAAACUGAUGUUACUGUGAAAUUAUGUAAAUAAAAAUGUGAUUCUAUUAAUAUGGAAUAAAAGUGUUAUUAAAGGUGCUACAAGAAUA